AUGGAAAUAGUCUGGGAGGUGCUUUUUCUUCUUCAAGCCAAUUUCAUCGUCUGCAUAUCAGCUCAACAGAAUUCACCAAAAAUCCAUGAAGGCUGGUGGGCAUACAAGGAGGUGGUGCAGGGGAGCUUUGUUCCAGUUCCUUCUUUCUGGGGAUUGGUGAACUCAGCUUGGAACCUUUGCUCUGUGGGGAAACGGCAGUCACCAGUCAACAUAGAGACCAGCCACAUGAUCUUUGACCCCUUUCUAACGCCCCUGCGCAUCAACACUGGGGGCAGGAAGGUAAGUGGGACGAUGUACAACACUGGAAGGCAUGUCUCCCUCCGCCUGGACAAGGAGCACUUGGUCAACAUAUCAGGAGGGCCUAUGACAUACAGCCACCGGUUGGAGGAGAUCCGGCUCCACUUUGGGAGUGAGGACAGCCAAGGAUCGGAGCACCUCCUCAAUGGACAGGCUUUCUCUGGGGAGGUACAGCUCAUCCACUAUAACCACGAGUUAUACACCAAUGUCACAGAAGCUGCAAAGAGUCCAAAUGGAUUGGUGGUAGUUUCUAUAUUUAUCAAAGUUUCUGAUUCAUCCAACCCAUUUCUUAAUCGAAUGCUCAACAGAGAUACUAUCACAAGAAUAACAUAUAAAAAUGAUGCAUAUUUACUACAGGGACUUAACAUAGAGGAACUAUAUCCAGAGACCUCUAGUUUCAUUACUUAUGAUGGGUCAAUGACAAUACCACCCUGCUAUGAGACAGCCAGUUGGAUAAUAAUGAAUAAGCCUGUCUACAUAACCAGGAUGCAGAUGCACUCCUUACGCCUACUCAGCCAGAACCAGCCAUCGCAGAUCUUUCUGAGCAUGAGUGACAACUUCAGGCCUGUCCAGCCACUCAACAAUCGCUGCAUCCGCACCAACAUCAACUUCAGUUUACAGGGGAAGGACUGUCCGAACAAUCGAGCCCAGAAGCUGCAGUAUAGAGUGAAUGAAUGGCUCCUCAAGUAG